GACAGAGGAAGUGAAAGAGUGAGAGAGAGAGAGAGAGAGAGAGAGAGAGAGGGAAGCUGCAGAUUUUUGGUAUGCGAAGCAGAGAGCAGCAACAACAAAACAGAGCACUUUGGGUAUGAAACGAUGUCGUUUCGAGGGGACGAUCAGAAUCCUGACCUGAACAAGAACCCUAGUCACGGCCCUAAUCCACCAUCGACGAAGAAGAGACCACCUAGCUGGUCCAACGUCUGGCUGAAGAACACCAAGCCUCUCAAGCAUAUGGUGGUGGCCAUGCAACUCCAGUCCCUUUCUCCUCCCGACGAUCCCAAAUCCAAAACCCUAAGUCCCAAUAUUUUCCCAAUGGACUCAACCCUUCUCUUGUCCGACGAGCUUCUCCUCAGAAUCUUUGCCAAGCUUCCCGAUUCGCAGAGGAAGUCCAUUUCUCUUGUCUGUAAACGGUGGUUGAAUUUACAGGGGCGGCUUGUACGGACCCUCAAAGUGCUCGACUGGAACUUCGUCUUGUCGGGUAGGUUGAUUCAUAGAUUCCCCAAUUUAAAUCAUGUUGAUUUGGUUCCUGGGUCGUUCAUUUCGCCGCGGAAUUCGGGUAUUUAUCUUAGUCACCGGCUUGUUUCGAUGCAUAUUGAUUCUGGAUUCUACCCCAAUUGGUGUUUCGGGGAGGAGAAAAAUCUGCUUCCUGUUGAUGUUAUUGAUAGCGGUCUGAAAGCUCUUGCUAGUGGAUGCCCCAAUUUGCGUAAACUGCAGGUUAUUGGUGUUAGUGAAGUGGGUUUAUUGAGUGUGGCUGAAGAGUGCUCGACGUUGCAAGAAUUGGAAUUGCUGAAAUGCGAUGACAAUGUGUUGCGGGGGAUUGCAGCAUGUGAGAAUCUACAGAUCUUGAAAUUGGUUGCAAAUGUUGAUGGGUUCUACAGCUCGGUGGUCUCUGACAUUGGAUUGACUAUUCUAGCUCAAGGUUGCAAGAGACUGGUCAAGCUUGAACUUAGUGGAUGUGAAGGGAGCUUUGAUGGGAUAAAAGCAAUAGGCCAAUGCUGUCAAAUGUUGGAGGAAUUGACUUUAUCAGAUCAUCGAAUGGAUGAUGGGUGGUUAGCAGCAAUUUCGUUUUGUGAGAACUUAAAGACUUUGAGGAUCCAAUCAUGUAAAUGGAUCGAUCUAAAUCCUGGACCUGAGGAGCAUCUGGGUUCUUGUUUUGCUCUUGAACGUUUGCAUUUGUACAAGUGCCAAUUACGGAACAAAAAUAGCAUGGGGGCUAUAUUUCCAGUAUGCAGGGCUGCGAAAGAGAUUAUCAUCCAGGAUUGCUGGGGAUUGGAUGAUAGUAUGUUCAGCUUUGCAAGCAUCUGCAGGUGGGUGAAGCUUUUAAGCUUAGAAGGAUGUUCAUUGCUAACAACAGAAGGUUUAGAGUCUGCAAUUCAAUCCUGGAAGGAUCUCCAAAGCCUUAGAGUAGUGUCCUGCAAGAACAUAAAGGAUAGUGAAAUCUCACCCUCUUUAGCAACCAUAUUCACCACACUUAAAGAAUUAAGAUGGAGUCCGGAUACCAAGUCUCUUCUUCCAUCAAGUCUUUUGGAGGUAAGCAUGGGAAAGAGAGGAGGUAAACUUUUCAGAAGAACUUGACGAUGCCUGAAAUUAGUCGAAGUGUAAUCAUAAUAAAAGAUGAUAGUAAUAAAGUAGGCCUCAGUCAUAGAAACAGAUUAUUGUUACUGACUCUUAGUGAGAGUUGUGCCAAUAUAACUUAGAUACCAACAGUUGAAGUAUGUUCUGAUUUCAUCCAUCAGACUGAGGAAGAAAUCUAGAGAUGUAAUUAUGUAAUAAAAUUUAGACAGUUCACUCUAAGUAGUAUAAGCCCCUGUUCAAUGUAAUUUUUUAUUGCCCAUUUAUUUUGCAAUUAAUGUACUCUAUUUUUUGAGGUAAACUCACAUUAUUCAA